AUGGCUCGGUACCGUCCUGCCGUUGCGAUGUUGCUGAUGAUACUCGCCACGCUGCUGCUAGCAGCACAGCCGUCCAGCGCGAACCGGCGAGCCUGGCGCAACGGUGGAAGGUUCCAGCCCCUUGACGCGCCAGCGAGCGGCGGCAAUGGCGGCAAUGGCGGAAGCGGGUCCGUCUACAUCGUGCGCCUGAGCUCCGCGCCACCGCUCGUCGAAUACCGCGGCGGAAUCGCCGGCUACCCCGCCACUGCCACGUGGGACGACGGCCGCGACGCGAAUGACGGGGCCGACGACGACGAAUCCGUACCGAAGAUGGACCUUGCAGCCACCGACGUCGCCACAGGAGCAGACGCAGCGUCUUUGCGGGCGGCGAAGCAUGAAGCCGAGGACGCAACGACUCCGGCUCCACCUCGCAGCGCUGCUGCGGCUGAUGAUGAUGCAGCGCCGUCGCGGGCGGUGAAGCAGACCGUGCCGCUGCCUUACUGGGACGGCGACUGGAGUUUUUUCUACUCAGAGCCCAAUGCAACUGCGCCUGCGCCCGCAGGAGCCACAGGCAGCGGCGGCGGCAACGGCAACGGCGGGCGCGCCGCGCGGCGCCGAAUGCGGCUGAGCAUGGACCGGCCGCAGGUGGCGGCGUUCGCGACGCUGCUGCAGCGGCAGCAGGCGCAAGUGGCAUCUGAGGCGGGCGUACUCGACUCAAACCUCAUCUACAGCUACAAGCACACCUCCAACGGCUUCGCAGCGCGCCUCACUGCGCGCCAGGUGUGGCGGCUGCAACGUCAUCCUGACGUCGCGUCCGUGACCCCUAGCCGCAUGUUCAGCGUCCAGACCACUGACUCGCCCAAGUUCCUCGUGCUCCCGGGUAAGGUGUGGCCGGCAGUGGGCGGUCAGAGCAAGGCGGGCGACGGGAUAGUGGUGGGGAUUAUCGAUUCGGGAAUCUGGCCUGAACACCCGUCGUUUGGCGAUGCAGGGAUGAGCUCGAAGCUGCCCUCCGGGUGGAAGGGCAAGUGCGAGCAGUCGAGCUCGUUCCGGUGCAACAACAAAGUGAUUGGCGCCCGGGCUUUCUACGCCGCGUUCGGCUCACCCUCGCUGCAAAAGGACUGGCUCUCGCCGCGCGACAGCAGCGGCCACGGCACGUGGUGCGCGGGUGCAGCGGGGGGCAACCCCGUGAGCAUCAACGGAGCAGGCGUGAUUGCGGCCGUUAAUCAGGCCGUGGCGGACGGUGUGGAUGUUCUUUCCCUCUCUCUAGGAGGCUUGGGUGCCAACCAAGACUAUUUCGGCGACCUCGUGUAUUUGAGGGCAAACGCUACGGGGGUGUUUGUGGCCAUGUCCGCGGGCAACAGUGGAGCCCCCGGGCGGUUGCAGGGAGGGAUUUACCGCACGGUGGCCAAUUUCUCUCCCUUCGUCCUCACCGUUGGCGCCAGCCGCAUUGCUGUUGCCAUCCAUGGCACCAUGUACCACUGGUGCUGCUGCAUGAUGUGCAUGACUCAACCUGCCUCUUUCUUUCCCAGUCCGCCCUCCACGCUUCUUUCCCAAUCCGCCCUCCACGCUUCUUUCCCAAUCCGCCCUCCACGCUUCUUGCCCAAUCCGCCCUCCACGCUUCUUGCCCAAUCCGCCCUCCAUGCUUCUUUCCCAAUCCGCCCUCCACGCUUCUUUCCCAAUCCGCCCUCCACGCUUCUUUCCCAAUCCGCCCUCCACGCUUCUUUCCCAAUCCGCCCUCCACGCUUCUUUCCCAAUCCGCCCUCCACGCUUCUUUCCCAAUCCGCCCUCCACGCUUCUUUCCCAAUCCGCCCUCCACGCUUCUUUCCCAAUCCGCCCUCCACGCUUCUUUCCCAUUCCGCCCUCCACGCUUCUUUCCCAAUCCCCCCUCCGUGCUUCCCCUUCUCCUGCAGCACCAUCGCUAAAGGAGCGUCCUUAGCUGCAGCCCGCACCACCAACAUCGCCAGCGCCACUGGCAGCACCAACAGCAGCAACAGCAUGGGCGACAGCGGCGCCACGCUCACUGCCGAUGGCGGAAUUACUUUCACCGCCGCCUCCUCCGACCCCAGGGUCGCUGACAUUUCCUCCCGUGGGCCGCUCUUACCGCCCAAUGCCACAACCCGCCCUCCGCUGCCAGCUAACGACAUUCUCAAGCCUGAUAUCAUCGGGCCUGGCGUUGACCUUGUAGCCGCUGCUCCCUCCAAGAAAAUCGAGAAAGACUACCAGAAUUUCCUGGCCGGGCAGGACCUGAACCGCGCGAAAAAGGAGUUCCCAGGGGCGUCUCUCUCCCCCUUGGCCGUGCGUAAUCUCAACCUGCCCACCAUCACGCUGGCUCGCCUGCAGGGCUCUCUUCAAGUCACCCGCACAGUCACCUGCGUUGGAAGCUCUGUGUCCACAUACACUGUAUCUGGGAGUCCGUCCCAGGGCGUCAGGGUGUUUGUAGGGCCUGGGAGAUUCACGCUUUCUCCGGGGCAGAAGGCGAAUUACACGCUUAUUGCCACGGUGGUAACACCCAGCAAUGGCUUCAAGUACGGGUUUAUUGUGUGGAAGGACGACAAGGGGCACAGCGUGCGCUCUCCUCUCGUGGUUCAGCCGAUUUCCCGCUAA